AUGAAGAAUACUAGUACUAUUAAAGAGUUUAUUUUUCUUGGGUUUCCUAAACUUCCAUCAUUACAGACUGCUAUGUUUUACAUGAGCUUUACAUUUUAUACAGCAACUCUGAUAGGAAACAGUCUCAUCAUAAUUGCAACUAUAGUAGACAAUCGCUUACAUGUUCCAAUGUAUUUUUUCCUCAGCAAUUUAGCAUUUCUUGAUAUUGUCUACACUACUGUUACCAUUCCAAAAAUGCUACUAAACUUUUUAUGGAAAAGCAACACUAUUUCUUUCUAUGCAUGUGCCACUCAAAUGUAUUUUUUCAUUGCAUUUGGAAGCAUAGAGUGCACACUUCUUGCUGUUAUGGCAUAUGACCGGUAUGUAGCUAUUUGCCUUCCCUUGAAUUAUGUCAUUUUGAUGGAAACUAUAACCUGCAUUACAUUAGUUUUUAGUUCUUGGAUUAGUGGAUUUCUCAACUCUAUGAUUCAUACUGUGCUUACAUUCCACCUACCUUACUGUUCAUCUAAUAAAAUAAAUCAGUUUUUUUGUGAUAUCCCCCCCUUGUUGAAAGUGGCAUGUGCCAAUACUUUAAUCAACAAAAUUGUUCUGUUCACUGUUGGAGGUAUUUAUGGUCUAGGAUCAUUCCUGUUAACUUUAAUCUCUUACACCUACAUUAUCUCCACUAUUUUAAAAAUUAGAUCAAAAGAAGGACAGAGAAAGAGCUUCUCAACUUGUGCAUCUCACCUGAUCGUUGUGACUUUGUUUUAUGGGACGUCAUUCUUCAUGUACCUACAAACCACUUACCAAAGUUCAAUGGAGCUACAGAAACUGAUACCUGUGUUAUAUACUGUAGUUACACCAACAUUAAACCCUAUAAUAUAUACACUAAGAAACCAGGAAUUCAAAAGUGUGCUGAAGAAAAUGAUUGAGAAGAAUCUCACACAUAAAAAGAGAAUAACAUCAGAAUAUAAAUUGUGUUAG